AUGUAUCUCCUCAUUCUCAUAGGACGCCACUGGCCAUUUGUUGCUGCCAACGAACAUUUUCCCGCCUUCGGCAAGGAGAGCAAUCCCACCUGCGGCUAUCCGCAUGCACUCCCACGCUCGGUAGGGAAACUGCCCACUGACACAAGGACAAGGCCGCUCGAGGCCGCGUCGGGCCUCAUCGAGGUUGCCUCGUACAACCCCAUUUCCCAGACCGCCCCUGUUUCGCAUGCUUAUCACACACCCCCAUUCGUGCCCAACACUUCGACCGACGAGGCGAGCAUCGCCAUGAACGACGCCGGAGGGUUUCUGAUCUCCAUGGCGAUGCCGUCAUGUGCCCGUCAGCCCGAAGCGCACUGCCGUAAGGAAGACUGCGCCAGCAACGCCGGAUCGCUGGUGCCGAGAUUUCCUCGAGAGAAAGUCUGCCACUUACAGCGAGGCAAUCACUCACCUCACUGGUUGCUGACUCGUCCCACCGGUGCUGGCGGCGCCGCCGGGAUGGCCACGACGACUCUCUCAGGAGGUGCGGAUGCCGUCACUCGGGCGCAACGCCGGGUAGCGGCAGCUGGGAGCCCAAAAAUCCGGUUCCCAGACAUUCACUGA